ACCACAGGUGUGGCAACGGGAAACAGGUAAACUGCUGUAGACUGCAUGGUUGGGGUAGUACAGUCACUAGAUAUUCUGCAAGUUGUGGACAAGUGUCAGAAAGGAACCAGAAACGGCCGUCACUCGUGAUUUGUUUGUUCGGAGGAAGGAAGCGUCUUGGAGGGAGAAAAGAAAGCAAAGACUAUAAUUAUCUCCGACAGAUUUUUUUUGCCCCUUUUCACUUAGGGCCAGUUCGAAAAAGAACGCGGCUCCGUAGGUCGUCUGAAAACACUGAGGGGUUGUGGUAGUCACUGGCUUUGUUUUUGUCUCGAGCUCAGCCUGUGGAUUCAUUUUACAUUUGAAUUAUCGUAGGAUUUUCCCCACUGUUUUCUAAUUGGAGCCAAGUGACGCGUUCCUGCUGAAAGUUCAGAGUAUUGCAGUGUAGCAACAAAGAUGGGCGACAUUGACUAUGAGGAGGCGGAGCAGGAGGAAAACAGUCAGCCGGAGAUAAAUGAUGGGGAAGAGACGGGAUGCUUUAGGAAGUUCCAGAAUUUGAUCAUCCCACCAGAGUUUCGGGACCGGUACAUGCAACGCGCUAACUGCUGCCCACCUCCGAUCUUCAUCAUUGCCAUCAGUAUUGCAGAGUUGGCAGUGUUUAUCUACUAUGCCGUGUGGAAGCCUCAUAAGCAGUGGGUGACCCUGGAUGUAAGCAUCUGGAAAAGUCCUCUCACCUACGAUCCUUCCAAAAGACAGGAAGCAUGGCGGUUCUUUUCCUACAUGUUCGUCCACGCUGGUGUGGGGCACAUCUUCUGCAACUUAGUGAUGCAGCUCUUGCUUGGGAUCCCACUGGAAAUGGUCCACAAAGGGCAUGAAGUAGGAUUGGUUUACCUGGCUGGUGUCCUUGCAGGGUCUUUGGCCAGCUCCAUCUUUGAUCCUCUCACUGUUUUGGUUGGGGCUUCUGGGGGCGUUUACGCCCUGUACGGAGGUUAUUUCAUAAAUGCAGUGGUGAAUUUCAAACAGAUGAAACUUAUUUUUGGAGUGGCUCGAAUCCUCGUCAUUGUUUUAAUUGUUGUUGCAGAUUUCAGCUAUGCCUUAUACAGAAGAUUUGCCAGUUUAGAGGGAGGUGUAAAGGUGUCGUUUGUGGCUCAUUUGGGAGGAAUUGUUGCCGGGCUGACUAUCGGAUACGUCUUCUUCAUUAAUUUCAAUAUGAAGCUGUGUAAAAACCCACUUUUCUGGAUUUGCAUAUUUGGAUAUGCUGUCUUCAUUAUCUUCGCCGUGUUCUUCAACAUCUUCAUCUCUCCUGCAUCAUAGAACUGGAGAAGAUUUCACCCAGCGUUUUGCUCAGGAGUCUUGUUUUGACUUGUCUUAAAGUCUUUGUGAAUAUCAACAAAUUGUUUAUCUUGAGAUUGAUACAGAUUUUCUAGUUUUAAAGCUUGUAUUUUGACUUGAUUUAUAUUAGGGCCAUUUAGUAGUGUCUCAUAGAACUGCAAAGACACUGUGUCUUAUUUUUCAGCUGUUGGGCGACUUGCAUGCAGUCAAAGUCACAUUGUGAAGAGAGUUUCAUUCUGUAUCGCACUAGGUGACAAACAACCAAGCAAGGAAGGCUAUACUGGUGUCGUGAGAAGCGAGGAGGGUUAUAGACACACACUAUAGACAAAAAAGAGGUGUUUUGAAUAUUUAAUCAAAUCAUAUUUGAUUUUUUCCAGAUAAGAUGUUAAACUUUCUUAAUUUCCAUAUACUGAUUUAAUGGAAACUAUUGUUUGUUUCGUUUGCAUCAACAUCUCUCAUCCAGUAUUAACAAAACUCCUGUAAAUAUGAAUUAUUCUUCACAAAAAUCACAUUUUCAAACCUUAUUAACAACAUUAAAGUACUAAAGAGCUUUUAUCAUUAGGUCUCAUUUUAUGCCUCAUUUAUUGUGCUGUAUCCUGUUAAAGGAACAAUGAAAUGUCCAGUAAGAUGUAAAACAGAUGGUGGACACACCAGUUAUUGCAACUUAUCUAUCGGUCACUACGUCUUAAUAUUGUUGCCUCGUGUCAACUUUGUAAACACAUUUAAAAGUUAACUGUAAUUUCUGUUCUUUUUUUUCUAUUUUCUGUAAGGGUGAUAACUAAAUACUAGCUUUAAAAAUAGGGUAUUUUUGUAGGUUUGGUAAUGUAGAAACAUGAUGCUUUAGAAGAUAUACUGCUAAUCUAAGAGGCCGUGGAGACUUUCCAACUGAAGUCCAAAUAGGACUUUUUGUUUGCUUUUGAAUUUUCAUAUCAUGUGUUCAAAUAAAGUUAGUUUAAUUAAGUGUGUUUUACAAUGCUUGAGCUGGCUUCCUUCUGAAAUAAAAGAAGCUCUUUUACUAGA